UCUUCUCGUGGUUCCAAGUAUAUCAAAUCUCCCAACACCACUUCCCAUUGUUUUCAAGAGACAGAGAAAUGGCGGAGGAAAAGGGGAAGCUGGUCAACGGAGACGGCGGAGGAGCUGGGACGGGAAUCGUGGAGGUGAAUCCUAAGCCGCAAAAGGGGCUGAGUUCGAAGCUGAUUGACUGGUUGGAGCAGUUGAUAGUUAAGCUUAUGUACGAUUCUUCACAACCUCAACAUUAUCUGUCGGGUAACUUCGCUCCCUCUCCUAACGAAACUCCUCCCACCAAACAUCUUCCUAUCAAAGGCCACCUCCCUGAAUGCUUGAAUGGUGAAUUUGUCAGGGUUGGGCCCAACCCCAAGUUUCCCGUGGCUGCAUAUUACUGGUUUGAUGGAGAUGGAAUGAUUCAUGUUUUGUGCAUCAAAGAUGGAAAGGCAACAUAUGUCUCCCGUUAUGUGAGGACAUCACGUCUUAAACAAGAAGAGUUCUUUGGGGCGGCAAAAUUUAUGAAGGUCGGAGACCUUAAAGGGCUAUUUGGAUUGCUCACGGUCAAUAUACAGAAGCCGAGAGAAAAAGCUAAAGUGUUAGAUCUAUCAUAUGGAAAUGGGACAGCUAAUACAGCUCUCAUACAUCAUCAUGGGAAACUUCCGGCACUUCAAGAGGCUGAUAAACCUUAUGUCCUCAAAGUUUUGGAGGAUGGAGAUCUCCAAACUCUUGGCAUGCUUGAUUAUGACAAGCGGUUGGCACAUUCCUUCACUGCUCAUCCAAAGGUCGAUCCAGUCACUGGUGAAAUGUUUACUUUUGGCUAUUCUCACAUGCCACCGUAUAUCACAUACAGAGUUAUUUCAAAAGAUGGUUUCAUGCACAACCCAGUACCAAUAACAAUAUCAGAACCGAUCAUGAUGCAUGACUUUGCGAUUACUGAGAAUUAUGCAAUUUUCUUGGAUCUUCCUUUGUAUUUCAGACCAAAGGAAAUGGUUAAAGAAAAGAAGCUGAUAUACUCAUUCGAUGCUUCAAAGAAGGCUCGUUUUGGUGUGCUUCCACGAUAUGCGAAGGACGACCUCCUAAUCAGAUGGUUCGAGCUGCCUAAUUGCUUUAUAUUCCAUAAUGCGAAUGCUUGGGAGGAGGAAGAUGAAAUUGUUCUGAUCACUUGCCGACUUGAGAAUCCAGAUCUGGACAUGGUCAAUGGGGAGGUCAAAGAGAAGCUUGAAAAUUUCUCAAAUGAGUUGUAUGAGAUGAGGUUCAACAUGAAAUCUGGUCUUGCUUCGCAAAAGAACCCUAGGGUGAACGAAUACUACACUGGCAGAAAACAAAGAUAUGUGUAUGGAACCAUUUUGGACAGCAUUGCAAAGGUCACGGGAAUUGUGAAGUUUGAUCUGCAUGCUGAACCAGAGGCAGGAAAAGAAAAGAUUGAAGUUGGGGGGAAUGUUCAAGGCCUCUUUGACUUGGGUCCCGGUAGAUUUGGUUCGGAAGCCAUUUUUGUGCCUCGUGAGCCGGGCACCACUUCUGAAGAGGAUGAUGGCUACUUGAUAUUCUUUGUCCAUGAUGAGAAUAGUGGCGGAAAAUCAUCAGUGAAUGUGAUUGAUGCAAAAACAAUGUCAGCAGAUCCUGUUGCAGUUGUUGAGUUACCCCACAGGGUUCCGUAUGGGUUCCAUGCUUUCUUUGUGACAGAGGAACAACUUCAAGACCAAGCAAAAUAGAGAUCACACGGCGUAGAUUAUAACCGGCUGUCGUGUCAACGACUGGUUUAUUACUGUAAUAAUGAUACCUGUAUGGUUUUCCCAACUCUACCAUGGUGCACAUGUAUAAAAAUAUAAUGGUCAAAUGUGCUUAUUUAUGGUAACCGUAUAAUUCCAAAUUCCUACCAUUUCCAACAUUGAGCUCUUUCCUUUGGUUUUGGCCUCGGUUUUAUUGAUUCUUCUAAACGACCGCUCUUCUUUCUAAAAUCUGAAUGUAUAGGAUUGUAGGACUAACAACUAACAGACAGAAUUUGAUCAGAUGUUUAGGGUUAAAUCAUCAGAUGGGCAGUAAAGUGACAGACCGAUUGAUGCAAUACCAGUAUGGAAUAAAAACGAAAUUUGUAUUCUUCUAUAAUAAUGAAAAAUAGAGAACUUGGAAAAUUAAAGCUUGAAUUGCAGCAAGCAGUUUAUGUUUUCAAAUGGACGAUCGAUGGAUGAAGACGUUUCAUCCGGCUCUUUAUCAAGCGUUCAAUGCCCAUCACCAUAAAUAGGAGAACAGCUGAGGGAAAAGAUCAAAUAGUGAUGCAUAAUUAAAAAAGAAGAGUGACGAAUCCCUCAGGGUUUGUCAAGUAUCAACCCGGCAUUAGAAUGAAACACAUGGGUUGGUUGGUUGGUUGGUUCCUCAACCUCUGCCAUUGAAAGGGAGCACCAAAUAUUCACGUGUGUUUCACGCAUAUUUUCUGAUUACUAAAUAUUUCAUCACAGGGAUCAUCUCACCAGAUUUCACCCACAAAACUACAGUCUGAGAUGACUUCUUUUUCCGGUCUUUUUGCAUAAACGGAAAAGGGAAGGGAAAAAGAAUCUAAGCGUGUAGAUAAAAUCUUUGAUAGAUUCAACGAGGAAUAUAGAGAAAAAAAAAAAAAAAAGAAACGCAGAGAUGCACAGAUAAAAAAAAGACACGAAUUGAUGAUUCAAUAGAAAGAGAGCUGUGCUUGAACAGAGACAGAGCUACAGCCGCUGGGGUUUUCUUGUGUUGCAGGUUUUUUAAUUCGCCUGUGUCUCAGGGCCAGGGCCUGACAUUUGGGCUCAGUAUCAUUUUCUUUGCUACACUACCUUUCUUUCAUGGGCCUACAGAAUCGAAGUUCAUCCCUCUUGCCUUUUC